CAAUGCGAGUCGGCUCAUCAAUCGAACAUAGGUAGCGGUCACCGAUGUUCGAGACUUGGGGAGAGGCUGUGCACUUUCAAAAGCACAAUGAGUGCAAUCAUUUUUGGCAGUCUUGCCGCGCACUUACUCUUUGUUUUACUCCUCUCUUGCGGUCACCACUCGCCCGUCUCUGCUUUCCAACACCCGAAUACAAAGCGACAAAGAUGAAGUCAUCGAUUCUCUUGACGAUAGUUGCCUCCUACAUCUCCUGCACCAAUGCAGCAGCCUGCUUCUCUGCUGGACACCUGCAAAAUGGUUGCCAGGAGCCACAAUCAUGGUCAUGGACUUGCGUGCCCAGCGAAGGAGAUCCUUCCAUGGCCAAGGGUCCUCCAAAGAAUGCUUGCACCUACAAAGCAACUCAAGAGUCCUCCUACAAGCAAUAUUGCUGUGCGGAAGAUGGACCAUACAGCAUCGAAUAGAGAACGAGCGAGAGGAUGAUAGGGUGACGCAGUCGAGGUCGACCAGACGGCGAUGACUGCUCUGUAGUGAUCUUGUAUGCAAACCAUUCUUGUCUUACAAGAGCUCAUCCCUAAGACACGUUCAGAUUAGCUCUUUCUUUCGGGAGCAAGAUGAAGGUGCAAAGACCAAUUGACCACAAUGCUUGAGCGAUACGAAACACAUCGUCUCGCUACAGAAAGGUCAGAGCUUUACAACUCCGCUGCCAAAGCUUCGUGUUUUGCUGAGGGGUAUGCGACUGACCUGUUGAAGAGACCGACUAUUGCCGGCGAGAUCUUCCCUCCUCUCUUAUGUUUAAGCGUUCGCAAUAGGUCUUGUUGGCCUCCCCACCGCCUCCUCGCCUCGAACCGCGAUCUGUCAUGGCUUCAAGCCCGAGAGACAAUGUUUGGCUUGACCACAGUUCAGAUAGCUUUCUUCAUUCCAAAUCACGGUGC